UGCAAUUAGUCCGACAUUUUGUCAACACACCAAUUUUCCUGUUUCUCUUAGAAGCAAACUCGAUAAAAGUCAGAGGAUUACACUCUCGCGUCAAAUAGUUGUAUUUCAUAUAAGCGGUGUCGCAGUUUACGUUUCUGCUAAACAAGUGAACAGGAAAUAAAUAAUGAAAUUCAGAUUUAGGCGAACGUUUUUAUUUUCGUGUUAUUUGUGUAUACUGUUUUACAUUUGUUUUGAGACGGAUUUUCAUUUAUAUUUAAGUGGAAUAUUAAUGACUGAUGAUAUAAACCGAAGUCAUCGCGCCAAGCUUAAAAACCUUUCUGAAAUCUACGUAAACAAUUUCAGAAAAAGUACUGAAACUCCUAGAAUCGCCACGAAUCUGGUGUUCGACAGCGACAACGUGACAAGCACAUGUGCACGUGUUAUUACGUGCCCAAUACAAUCCGCAAGCUCGGGAACUUGGAUAGAGGUGGGCUCGGAUAACAACAUGUUCAUUUUCUCUGCAUUUUACGUUGAAAAGGAUAAACACGUCAUUAUAGUUGGGGCCAAGGAACGCGGAAUAACUCGUGCCACGUGUCAACAUUGGCACGUGUCAACAGAUGGCCAAAUGGUCAUGGAAGAGAGUCCCCUGAGCAUAAAGAAAUCUCUCGCUGAAGGUCACGGGAAACAAUAUGCUUCGUAUCUGUUCAAAUGUUCGCCUCCAGGCGGCAAAAUGCCACGAUUUGUGUCCGUUGUGAAAAGUAACUGUACAGUGCCUCCCAAAAUUCUUCUUGUCAAACCCACGCGACCUGCUGGUUCGUACGGCAGGCAAUUCACAGUCUGCCUGAUGCCUUUGAACCUCAAUUACAGUCGUGCCUAUGAACUUGUGGAAUGGAUUGAACUCAACAGACUUCUCGGGGCUGACAAGUUCAUGAUUUACAAUGAGUCAUCAGCUCCAAAUGUAAACAAAGUUUUAAACUAUUACGCAAAACGGGACAUCGUCGAUGUAAUACAAUGGCCAAUACCUUUAGAUAAUAGGGAAAUACAUUACUUUGGGCAAGUUGCAAUGCUGCAAGAUUGCCUCUAUAGAAAUAAAGAAGAAUCAGAAUUCAUUGUCAACGAAGAUCUGGACGAAUUUAUUAUCCCGCGUCCCCUUCUUUUGAAGACGUGGCAUGACUUUGUUAAAAACAAAAGUGAAGACAUAGCAGGAUAUAUUUUUCGGUGCACAUUUUUCAGGAAAGAAUGGGUAGAUACAGAAAUUGAUUUCAGUGAAAAGAGAAUAGCAGAAAAAUACAAAUUAAUAACUCUUCUAAGAUUUGGUCACGAAACUAAACUAUGGAACUAUAAGGCGCGUUCCAAAUACUUCGCUCGGACCUCUACCGUGGAAUCGCUGAUGAUUCAUGAAGUUCCGAGUGUGAAAACUGAAAACGUCCACCAGAGCAUAGCAAUGAUCCACCACUAUAGAAACUGGUCCAACUUUAAACCACAGGAGAAAGUACACGAUGACAUAGUGUUGCAGAAAUACGGAAAACAACUGCUGAAGAAUGUCGCCGCUACUUGGGACAAUCUUCCCGGGGUGGCAUUAGAUAAUUAAGAGAACACAUACAUGAUUUGACCCCUUUACAAAAUAAAUUACUUAACUUAUAAA